AUAACAGAUCAUACUUUUCUUUUACAAAUUCUACUUUGCAGGCCGUCGUGUUUACUGAUAUCAGCUUAGAGAAGGCUAUUGAGUUUGAUGAUUAUUGUCACAAUCACCAACCCUCAAUAGCUUUCAUUAAAUGUGAAAUUCGAGGCCUUUUUGGAAAUGUAUUCUGUGACUUUGGACCAAAAUUUACAGUUGUCGAUGUUGAUGGAGAGGAGCCUCAUACAGGCAUAAUUGCAUCGAUUAGCAAUGACUGCCCUGCAUUUGUGUCUUGUGUUGAUGAUGAGCGGCUGGAAUUUCAGGAUGGCGAUCUUGUUGUAUUUUCUGAAGUGCAAGGAAUGACCGAGUUGAAUGAUGGAAAACCUAGGAAAGUUGCAAGUGCUCGACCAUAUUCUUUUGUCCUUGAAGAAGAUACUACAGGGUUUGGCGCAUACAGCAGAGGAGGUAUUGUGACACAAGUGAAGCAGCCCAAGGUCAUACAAUUCAAGCCUUUAAGAGACGCGUUAAAAGAUCCAGGUGACUUUCUUCUAAGCGAUUUCUCCAAAUUUGAUCGCCCGGCUCUGCUACAUGUGGCGUUUCAAGCUUUGGAUUCAUUUCGACAAGAUUUUGGACACUUCCCUAUGGUUGGGUCAGAAGAAGAUGCUGAGAAACUAAUAGAUUUAGCUUUCAAAAUCAAUGAGAACUUGGGUGUUCGUAAACUGGAUGAUAUUGAUAGGAAGGUUCUCUAUCAUUUUUCAAGUGGUUCCAGGUCUGUCUUGAAUCCAAUGGCAGCAAUUUUUGGUGGUAUUGUUGGGCAAGAAGUUAUGAAAGCUUGCUCUGGAAAGUUCCAUCCCCUUUUCCAGUUCUUUUAUUUUGAUUCACUGGAAUCACUCCCACCUGAGCCUCUGGAACCUAAUGACCUGAAGCCAUUGAAUUCCCGAUAUGAUGCUCAAAUCUCAGUA